AUGAGCGCACCACGUCAGCCUUUGUCACGAGCCAAGAUGGCCAAUUGUUCCAGUGGCGGUGGCAGCCCUGUCCGGAAAGGUAUCUCGCGUCAAAAUUCGGCUACGCUUGCCGACAGUGUGGCUAUCCUUCGCCCGGAUGACGAGGCGAUAAAAGAAGAGCUCAAGCGCGAGGCAGAGAGACAGACACUGUUUCAAAAGGUAUCGAACUUCAAACUGGAUGCCCCCAAUGGCUACCGAAAAGUCGAAGUAUUGAUAAUCCGAUGGGAUGAGAGCAUUGACGAGUUUAAGGGUCACGACAAAGAGAUAGACAGACUCCAGAACAUUUUCACUCUGGGGUUUGGCUUUGGCUGUAGAGUCGCCAGAAUCAAGAACGAUAAAAAUCCUCAAAUAAGCCUCAACUUCGAGAUUUUGAAACACGUGAACGAGCAUGAUGGGGAGAACAAUCUGCUCAUCGUAUAUUAUACAGGCCAUGGGAACCAAGUCAACGAUGGGGAUGGUCAACAUCUUGAGCUUUCCGCCUUGAGCCUGACUCUCGUUAGCACUCAAGAAUCCGAAGAGACUAGCGAAUACCUUCCAGCAGCUCACUGGGACAAAGCCGAAGAUCCACUGAAAAACCUUGCUGCAGCUGAUGCUCUGGCUAUACUAGACUGUUGUUUUGCGAGCACUGCCGCUAUCAAAGGCAGGAACGAAGAGUUCAGGACAUACCAACUCCUUGCAGCAUCAGCCCAGGAUAAUCCAACGAAUGGGCCUGGGAAACUAUCCUUCACAAACGCGCUUUGUGAAUCACUAGAAGAGCUCUUGAAAGAAUCUAAGGAUGAAACAUUUCCAGUCAUCAAGCUCUGGGAGAGAAUCAACACCAAGAGGAAAACGCAGGCUGCGCUAAUUUGGGACCGUCUUCAGCGGUAUAAACGUAACAUCGAGUUAGGCCGUUUAGCACCCGAGUCAGACCGAGAAGCAUCAUUCAAAGGCGAGAGUCCUGAGCAAGCGUCGCUAGUGCUCAGACUUUCACUGAAAACAAGGGAUCUAGAAAAUGGGAAGAUUGAGAAGUUAGGUCGUCAGCUGCCCGUGCUUUGCAAGGAGGCUGGUAUCCCCAUUCGGCGCAUGGAGUGGGUGAAGAUGGAGCAGCGAAAUCCUGGUCAAGUGCUUCGGCAUGCUGUCAAGCAGACGCUUCGAAGAAAUCCUAGCAGGCGCAAAAGUAGUCCAGGACAGCUGCAACAGCUUCCAAAGUCGCCGGAGUCGAGGAAGCGUACUCAGUCGGACUUGACCUCGCGGUCGGCAGCAAAGCGAAGGGCUCACAACACUGCCCCCUUAGUGGAAGAAUCUCUGAACCCAGGUUUGAGAACUCCUGCGAGAAGCAGCGUCAGAAGCAAGUCGGCCGAGAGUGAGAGUGCUGCAGAAUGA